UGUCCCCCUUGUCUGCCCCGGGCGGAGUGAGUUUCGUCCUACCAUCAUGGCCAGUUCACUGUGCGCCAGAUAUCUCCUUCAGAGAUCAACACAUGGAUUCAUCUUCUCUAGGACAUUACCUGCUUUCUUGAGCCCGUUUCUGUCUCGUGCACAUCGAUUGGGUCCCAGUGAUGAUGAAAUGUACCAGCGCACCACAGUGUCUGUCAUGCAGAAGGAGCAGGGUGGUGGCCUCAUGAUUCACAGUUACAGCGCUCAUGGAUUCAACAUAGAUGGCAACAGAGUGUAUGGGCCGUGUGCGGUGUUGCCUCCAGCUAUCCUCCAGUGGAAUGUUGGAAGUCACAAAGACAUCACAGAAGAAAGCGUCUCACUUUUUCACAUGCUUGAACCAAGAAUAGAGAUUCUCAUACUGGGGACAGGUGCAAGGGUUGAACGGAUUAACCCGGCUGUCCUGGCCCUGCUCAAGAAGAAAGGCAUCGCGGUUGAGGUGCAAGACACGCCAAACGCAUGUGCAACCUUCAACUUCCUGACCAGUGAGCGAAGGGUUGCAGCGGCAGGUCUGAUCCCGCCACCGGUCAGCACAGCACUAGAAGUGACACAGAAAUAAGUGUUGGGAUAUCAUCAGGAACCGGGACUGGUUUCUGCUGAUGGAGGUCAGAGGCUCAUGACCGGUCUCAACCCUGUGGGAUUUUACUUCUUCACAAAGCUUCCACAAAAACAAACCUUCAACUCUGGAAAAAGCAUUCAAUCAUUCAGGUUACAGCUCUUAUUCUUUAAGAUUAGGGGGCUAAAACUGCUGUUACUUAGGGAUCUGGACACUGAUCUGAUUAGGGAAAUUAGCAGCGGUAUCAUGAACCAGGGAUGUUUACCGAUUAGUUUUCAUUGAAGGCAGACUGCCCAAAACAACUUAAAAUAAGACACAAAGUGAAUAGCAACAGUCAUGUUAAUUGUGAAUUUGUCCACUGUGCUAACUCAAAGACAGUGUUAUUUUACAGUGUGAUGGCGUAUUUGUUCUUAGGUUUGGAGCACUGUGAAUGCAGACUAGUGGAGACCUGACAAGGGUGCUUCAGUAUGGUAUGGAGCAGCUGCCCUAGUGUGUGUCUGUGCCCUGACUUUGUUGUAUAAGUACAAAUUUGCACAGAUUUUCAGAUGAGUGAGGAGGGACCUUUAUGAAGAGGAAGGAGACUGUUAUAAAGUGUAUAGAAAUACUGUAUUAAGAUGUGUAAAUUAUGUAUUUGAAAGCUUUAAAUACUGACAAAUAUGUCUUGCAGUUUAUGUAUAAUAAAUAUAAUGACACCUG